AUCACCUUUGCAAAGGAUUUAUUUACGUCUUUAGGAUUUUUCUAUUCCAGGGACGGAACUUUAAGAUGGAGAUGAAGUGUUUAACUUUAAAGGAUUUGCUUAGUGUGAGGACGCUAGUGAAUAAGACAGGCUCAGGUGAUACUGGCAACAUGAAUGACCAAAAAGAGAACAUCUGCAUGGACAGAAGGAAAAUGACCCCACUGAAGUGUGAGUCUGUGAAGGGACAUAGGAGAGUUUCCAGCCCAGAUAUCACCCAUAUAACCCCCAUCAAACACACAGAGAGGGUCCAUCCGGACCCCUGGACCCCAACAGCCAACCUGAAAAUGCUGAUCAGCGCCGCCAGCCCAGAUAUCCGCGACAGAGAGAUGAAGAAAACCCUCUUCAGACCCAUUGAAAAUGAAGAGAAGGCUAUAGAGGAGGAUGAAGAGGAAGAACUCGACGACUCGUGUCAGUAUGAAGCGGUAGAGGAUUCUGAGAGGAGACCCAGCCGGAAACAGAAGAGUUUGGGGCUUUUGUGUCAGAAAUUUCUGGCCUUGUACCCUGAUUACCCAGAAACCUCUGAAAGCAUCAAUAUUUCUCUGGAUGAGGUGGCCACAUGCUUGGGCGUUGAGAGGCGGCGUAUCUACGACAUUGUGAACGUGCUGGAGUCUGUGAUGCUGGUGAGCAGAAUGGCUAAGAACCUGUAUGUGUGGCACGGACGCUCAGCUCUGCCACUGACCCUGCAGGAUCUCCAUCAGGCGGGUCGUGAGCAGGGCUACCAUCUGCAGAUGGACCAGAGAGAAGGAAGCAGCCCGUGUGCCGCCCACCACAUGCAAAACACACACGCGGCCUCCAGCAGACGAAAGGAUAAAUCGCUUCGUAUCAUGAGCCAGAAGUUUGUCAUGCUGUUUCUGGUGUCCAAAACACGGACCGUUACCCUCGAUACGGCUGCUAAGAUUUUGAUCGAAGAGGGCCAGGAUGAGUCCAGCCACAGCAAGUAUAAAACUAAGGUGCGACGUUUGUAUGAUAUCGCUAAUGUCCUGACCAGCCUGAAUCUGAUCAAGAAACUUCAAGUACGAGAGGAAAAGAGUCGUAAACCUGUCUUCAAAUGGAUCGGACCCGCUGAUUUCCACAGCAGCAGCGAUUCAGACGAUUUGAGAGUCUCAGCAGCUCAGAUCAGCACCACCGGGGAACGACGGGAGAAGAUGACGCGUCACUCCUCCUUUCAGGUCAUUCCUGCACCUCCUGUCAAUCAAAGGCGGAUAAGCUCCGCCCCCAGCACACCUCACAGACCUUCUACAGACGAGCCGGUGGAUUAUUCUAGGAAGAGUGUGAACACCAGCGCAGUGUGUCGACUGCGGUUUGGAGACAGCGGACACAUGCCAGACGCCGUCACCCAGAGGUCACCCGUCUCAGGCCACAGGGAGGCACGUCUGAAGAAGAGAGAGAGACAAGAGGAAGAGGAUGAUGAUCAGGCAGCUAAACAAAGCAAACACUCUGCUUCCAUAGAAAGUCAAAUG